AGUCGCCGGUAGCGGAGCCAAAAUGGCGAAGUUUCUUCGGUACUGUUUACCUUGACUUCCUUAAUCCGGCCAGGUCAGCUGAUCUACGUCGUGACCAUUUUUAUUCCUUCGCUGAUAUUCCAAGGAUUGUCGUUCAUUUCACACUAAUACAGUUUCACAUACACAAGAUGGACUUUUCCAAGCUGCCUAAGAUCCGAGAUGAGGAGCGUGAGAGUCAGUUCGGAUAUGUGCAUGGAGUGUCAGGCCCAGUUGUGACCGCCACUUGCAUGGCAGGUGCAGCCAUGUAUGAAUUGGUGCGUGUCGGCCACAGUGAGCUGGUGGGAGAAAUUAUCCGAUUGGAGGGUGACAUGGCAACCAUCCAGGUGUACGAAGAGACCUCCGGAGUAUCUGUCGGUGAUCCUGUUCUCCGUACAGGAAAACCCCUGUCUGUUGAGCUUGGACCCGGGAUCAUGGGUUCCAUCUUUGAUGGUAUUCAGCGUCCCCUCAGAGACAUCAAUGACCUCACCAAGAGCAUCUAUAUCCCUAGAGGAGUUAACAUUGGAGCUCUUAACAGGGACCUCAAAUGGGAGUUUUCUCCCUUUCAUAACCUGAGGGUUGGCAGUCACAUUACAGGAGGUGAUAUCUACGGACUGGUGCUUGAGAACUCUCUCAUUAAACACAAGAUCAUGCUGCCGCCCCGCAGCAGGGGAACGGUCACCUACCUCGCACCACCAGGAAAUUAUGAUGUCUCUGAUGUGGUGCUGGAACUAGAGUUUGAAGGAGUGAAGGAGAAGUUCACAAUGGUGCAGGUGUGGCCAGUGCGACAGGUGAGGCCUGUUACAGAGAAGCUACCUGCCAACCACCCUCUGCUGACGGGACAAAGAGUACUGGACGCCCUCUUUCCGUGUGUUCAGGGAGGAACCACUGCUAUCCCAGGAGCCUUCGGCUGUGGCAAAACUGUGAUCUCUCAGUCUCUCUCAAAGUACUCCAACAGUGAUGUCAUCAUUUACGUAGGUUGCGGUGAGCGUGGAAACGAGAUGUCGGAAGUAUUACGAGAUUUUCCAGAGUUGACCAUGGAGGUGGAUGGAAAGGUGGAGAGCAUUAUGAAGAGAACAGCAUUGGUGGCCAACACCUCCAACAUGCCUGUGGCUGCCAGAGAAGCCUCCAUCUACACUGGUAUCACAUUGUCUGAGUACUUCAGAGACAUGGGAUAUAACGUCAGCAUGAUGGCAGACUCCACCUCCCGUUGGGCUGAGGCUCUUAGAGAAAUCUCUGGGCGAUUGGCUGAGAUGCCUGCUGACAGUGGGUAUCCAGCAUACCUUGGGGCCCGUCUGGCAUCGUUCUAUGAGAGAGCGGGUCGAGUGAAAUGCCUGGGUAACCCAGAGAGAGAGGGCAGUGUCAGCAUUGUAGGAGCUGUGUCUCCCCCUGGUGGUGACUUCUCAGAUCCUGUGACUUCAGCCACUCUUGGCAUUGUGCAGGUCUUUUGGGGUCUAGAUAAAAAGCUCGCCCAGAGGAAACACUUCCCAUCUGUUAACUGGCUCAUCAGUUACAGUAAAUAUACACGAGCCCUGGACGAAUACUACGACAAACACUUCCCUGAAUUUGUCCCGCUUCGUACCAAAGCCAAAGAGAUUCUGCAGGAGGAAGAAGACCUGGCUGAAAUUGUGCAGCUUGUUGGAAAGGGCUCUCUGGCUGAGACGGAUAAGAUUACUUUGGAAGUGGCCAAGCUCAUUAAAGAUGAUUUUCUACAACAGAACGGUUACACCCCCUAUGACAGGUUUUGUCCAUUUUAUAAGACUGUGGGGAUCCUGUCCAACACGAUAGCUUUUUAUGACAUGUCACGGCACGCUGUCGAGACCACGGCUCAGAGCGACAACAAGAUCACCUGGGCGCAGAUCCGUGAACACAUGGGAGAAAUUCUUUACAGGCUCAGCUCCAUGAAGUUUAAGGAUCCGGUCAAAGAGGGUGAGGCAAAAAUUAAAGCCGACUACGCCCAGCUGCUAGAAGACAUGCAGAAUGCUUUCCGUACUCUCGAGGACUAAAUUCAACCUCUGACCUCACAUCUUUCCUCCCCUGUGCUGUGCAGUGGAUUUCCCAGUGCUCCUGUGUGCAUGUGUCCCUAUAGUCUUAAUAUACACCACUGCUGAUCUAAACAAGACAAGUGAAAGUCUUUAAAACAGUGUGUUUUCACACUAGCUGACAGGAAAACUUGGUGUUUGAACUGUAAGAUUGUAUUUGAACAUCUUAAGCAAAUGCCUCUGUAUCUCUCUGUGCUGAGACCAAACACUUUAAGCACAACGACAGAAAACGUUCAUCAUCUUUUCCGCAUCACCUGCUUUCCCAUGAGUCUUCAUUGCUUGUGUUUGGAGCACAGGGGAGCGCAGUGUUUAUUCCCACCCCCUUUUCUCUGUGACCAAUAGAAAUGUGUUAUUCAAAAACGGGGAACAACGGAAGUCAAAAUGGAAUCAUGGAGGCUUCCUAUAUAUUUAUUUGAUUCUUGUUUUGUCCCUAAUGUGAUUUCUGCUCUGUGUGUUCCUUUACUGUCAUCAUAUUCACGUGAGUGUGUUAACAUGAGUGUCUGUGAUUUGGAGUGUGCAUGAGCGUGCGGUUAGGUAAUUGUGACCUCUGUAGUGGUACGUUAACAGUGUGUUGUAGUGUUUUCAGUUUCAAAGAAUAAAAAUAUCGGAAACUCUGGAAAAA